GGGGGAAAAGAUUAAAAGAAGAGGGAAAAAAAAAAAAAAAGGCCCUCAUCAUCAUCAUCAUCAUCAGAAGCCCAGUCAUACAAUCCGGCGCAAUGAGCUCCGACGGCAGGACUGCGUAUCCCGUCUCACUAUCAGAAAUCGAAUUUCCAUCUGCAGCCGUCUCGGUAUCACAACUUUUAACUUCAUUACGCCGUUCCGCGCUGUCAGUUACGAAUCGUCUACGGUCUAUUGAAGCAGACGCCCGCUUUGUGUCAGAAGCGGCAGAUCACUACGGCGGUUUACCCCUCAUUGCCAACGAACGCUGUGGCAGUUGGUAUAUCAAUCCGGACCAAAAAGCCGGUAGUGUUUAUUUCAAGAGCACGGAUGGGCAUACGGGAGUAUGGGAGUUCAGUUUCCGCAGGCUCAAUUUGCAAGUUCUCGAGAUUGCUCGGCAGAAUGGCGGGUGUAUUAUUGUGGAUUCCACUCGCCGGGGCAAAUUGAUGCCCGAUGCCCUGUCCAAGACUGUUCCGAUAUGGAGUGCUGUAUUGAAUCGAGCGCUGUUUCCGUCAGAGCCUGCAUAUCACCCAGUUCAGUUCCCGCCCAGUUUUCUAGGUGCCUCGGAAGAGGCGCAGAUCGAGAAACGGAUCGACGGGUUUGUUAGGACUUUCAAGGAAUUGAAGCUUGAUUUGGACAAGUUGAGAAAAGAUCUAGGCUAUCCGAUUAGACUCGCCUGGGCGAAUCAGACCUAUUUUUACCCGACCACGCUGCAGAAAGGAGAGGGCUAUAAUCUGUUUGUCCUUUGCUCGGCCUCGAGAAGAGUGCAUGGCGCUGAGGCAUCUGAAGGAGGCUAUAUUCAAGGUGCAGGCGACGACAGCGAGAAGUGGUCUCAUGGUUUGACAGCGCCAGUUUUUUGGGCAAACAAAGAUCUUCUUUUUAAAACCGACGAGAGUCAAUUACCGCAUGUUAUUCAUGAUUUGAUUUCAAGGACCGACGACAACAGCGGCAGUGGGGCCGGUCAGAACAAGAAACAGGGUAUUUUAAUCCGCCCUUCGUCGAAUCUGUACAUCUCACAGUCUCGACCGAAUUCCGACAUACAGGGAGAGGAAUAUGACCUUGUCAUUGCCUGCAACGACAAACCUGGCUUGUCCUCUUCAAAGAGGCUGAAUCUCGGCUGUGGUUCCCAUAAACUGGGCAGUCGAGAUUUACGCACUGCCCUGGAAAAGGUAAAAGUGUUUGCGGAGAAACAUCUUACAAGUAAUCCUUCACAAUCUCUACUAGUCACUUGCAAAACGGGAAAAGACCUUUCUGUUGGGACUCUUUUGGCUAUUAUUUGUCUGUUGUAUGAUGACGAAGGUAUGCAAGUCCUUCCAGCUUGAACCCGCUUUCCAUGUACUAACCGCGUCUCAGGUAACUGCACUGGGCCGCAGGCAGACACUUAUAUCGACAAACAAUAUAUCCGCCAACGGCUGACAUGGAUUGUAACGUCAAACCCGGACGCUAAUCCUUCACGGGCGACACUCCAAUCGGUCAAUGCGUUUCUCUUGCAGAGACCAGACUGAUACACCUGACUGAACAUUCCAAUAUUGAGGAUAAGUUUCUUUCAUGGACUAAAACGGCAGGAUGUCUUAGAUCUACUCAUCCACCGAUUCAACCACAGCACCAGCGGCUCCCUGAUCCAGCCCGUCCAAAACAUCCAUAUCCUCCUGACUAAUCUCAAAGUCAUAUACAUCGGCAUUACUAGCGAUUCGUUCCGGAUUCGAACUCUUUGGUAACGGAACCCAAUUCUUCUGUAGACUGUAUCGAACCAAAACCUGGGCAGUGGUCUUGCCGUAUUUCUGAGCCAAGGAUACCAGCGUCGGAUCAUUGGAUUUGUUGCCGCGGACAAGGGGACAAUAGGCCUCGAUAACGAUGCCGUGUUCUUGACAGUAUCGGACCGUCUGCCGCUGUUGACACCAUGGAUGAAGCUAUUCUGUCAGCAAUUUUCUUCUCUCUUUUCUCUUUUUUCCCUCCACAGUAGAUAGACUUCUCAUAUUUUGGAAAGGGGGGGGGGGAAGGGAAAUACCUCAAUCUGAUUAACAUGCGGCGGCCAGACCUUGGCAUAACUCUUCAUCUCCUCAAUAUGCCCAACCCCAUAAUUACUCACACCAAUACUUCUCGUCCUCCCUUCCUCCAAUACCCUUUCCAACGCCUGCCACAAUUCCUUCCUCCCCGCCAGUCCGGACUUGGAACUAUGAAUCAAAAAUAAAUCCACAUACCCAUCUUUAUCCCCAGCAUUGAUCUUCUCCACACUCUCAAUAAUCUUCUCAUACGUCGCCUGCGGUGAUCCGCCCGGACUCAUGAUCUUGGUGGUUAUGAAAACAUCUUCCCUUCUCAGGCCCGACCGUCGAAACGCUUCCCCGACUUCCUUUUCGUUGCCGUAGAAUUGCGCGGUGUCGAUGUGGCGGUAUCCCGUCUUGAGGGCUGUGAGCGUGGAUUGGAUGCAUUCUUCGGCGUGCGCGCGGUACACGCCAAAACCAAGACGGGGGAUUUGGACAGUUGAUUCGGGAAGGGGGAGGUGGUCUGUUAUUGAUAGAUUGGGUGGCAUUGUAUAUUCAAUGGAUGUGGAAGUGCUGGGAGCUGUGGUUGUGAAAGUUGUAAAGAAUAGUUUUCGAGACAUGACGUUUCAUCGGCAGAUAAGAAAAACCCCACAUUGGCUGUUGACGGAAUCGGAGAGAAGAUGAUAUCAUUUCC